CAACGAUUUUCUGCAUCUGCUCUCUCUAUUUGUAGAUCGCGUUUCGAUUCAACUCAUCAUUUUCUCAGUUUCAUUUUUCUCAAUCGGAUCGAGGAGGAAUUUGGCUGUGUUUUGCUCUUCGAUGGAUUUUCCUCUCUCCAGAGGGGCGAAUUUCGUGGGGAAAAUCGUGCUGGUAGGUCUGCUUGCAAGUUUGCUUCUGAGGUGCGACGCUCAACUUCUGCCUGAGGAGGAAGUUCAAGUUCUUCAAACAAUAUCCUCAAAGCUUGGCAACACUUAUUGGAACUAUCUUAAUCAAAGCUCUUGCAAUGGUGGAUUUAACCAGACCUUUCUGCGGAAUAUAUACAGCGGCAUAGUGUGCAACUGUUCCUAUAAUAGCAGUACCGUUUGCCACGUAACUCACAUGUAUGCUCGUAUUAAAUUUUAAGGCUCACUUACUGUACUAAAAAGCAUGCAUGCUU